CGGGGGGCGCUGUCCCCGUCCCCCUGCUCCAUCGCCCCGCGCCCCGCUCUGGCGGAGCGGCGCCCGUAGAGGCGGCGCCAUGACCGCGGCCCGGCGGGGCGCGGGGCAGUGUGGGAAGGAGAGGGAAAUAUGGCGGAUGGUGAGGAACCGGAGAAGAAAAGAAGGAGGCUAGAGGAGCUGCUGGCCGAUGGAAUGGCUGUUGAUGGUGGGUGUGGGGACACUGGAGACUGGGAAGGUCGCUGGAACCAUGUAAAGAAGUUCCUCGAGCGAUCUGGACCAUUCACACAUCCUGGUUUCGAGCCAGGCACUCAAGCUCUUGAAUUUUUGUUAAGCACAUGUAAAGUACUAGUUAUUGGAGCAGGAGGAUUAGGAUGCGAACUCCUGAAAAACCUGGCACUGUCUGGUUUCAGACAGAUCCAUGUUAUUGACAUGGACACUAUAGAUGUUUCUAAUCUUAACCGACAGUUUCUGUUUCGACCAAAGGAUGUUGGGCGACCAAAAGCAGAAGUUGCAGCGGAAUUCCUGAACAGUCGCAUCCCCAACUGUGCUGUUGUACCAUAUUUUAAAAAGAUUCAAGACAUGGAUGAAAGCUUUUAUCGACAGUUUCAUAUUAUUGUUUGUGGGCUGGACUCGAUAAUUGCAAGAAGAUGGAUAAAUGGCAUGCUGAUGUCAUUUUUACGUUAUGAAGAUGGUGUACUGGAUACAAGUUCCAUCACACCUUUAAUAGAUGGAGGGACAGAAGGUUUCAAAGGAAAUGCUCGUGUGAUUAUUCCUGGUAUGACAGCGUGUGUUGAAUGCACACUUGAACUUUAUCCACCACAGGUCAAUUUCCCCAUGUGUACUAUUGCAUCUAUGCCCAGACUACCAGAGCAUUGUAUUGAGUAUGUCAGGAUACUGCAGUGGCCGAAGGAGCAACCUUUUGGAGAAGGUGUUGCUUUGGAUGGAGAUGACCCUGAACAUAUACAGUGGAUUUACCAGAAGUCUUUGGAAAGAGCAUCACAAUUUAAUAUUAAAGGUGUUACAUACAGACUCACCCAAGGGGUUGUUAAACGAAUUAUUCCAGCAGUAGCUUCUACAAAUGCAGUAAUUGCAGCUGUUUGUGCCACUGAAGUUUUUAAAAUAGCCACAAGUGCGUACAUUCCUCUUAACAAUUACUUGGUGUUCAAUGAUGUGGAUGGAUUAUACACAUACACAUUUGAAGCUGAAAGAAAGGAGAACUGUCCAGCAUGCAGCCAACAUACCCAAAACAUAGAGAUUUCUCCAUCAGCAAAACUACAGGAGAUCUUGGAUUACUUGACAAAUAAUGCUUCAUUGCAAAUGAAAUCUCCUGCAAUCACAGCAACCAUGUAUGGGAGAAAUAAAACACUUUAUUUACAGACAGUAGCUUCAAUUGAAGAACGAACAAGGCCAAAUCUUUCUAAAACACUAAAAGAACUGGGGCUUGUGGAUGGCCAGGAACUUGCAGUUGCUGAUGUGACUACACCACAGACCAUGUUGUUCAAACUUCAUUUUAUCACUUAAUUUACGAAUAAAUAAAGUGCUUAUACAGCAAGAGAAAUCUGUACCCACCUUGUAAAACAAAUGUACUCCGUGGAUGUUAAAUUAACCGGAAAUGUUCAUGUUAGUACUAGCAUUGUUGAAGGUUAGGUAAUGCAAAUGAAUCACCGUAUUUUGGAAUUGUACGUAAAAGCCAAUAUUUGGUGGAUUAUAUUGUACAAAUACUUAGUAGUGUACAGAACACUGAUGUAUAGGAAUACACUUUUUUCCAGUUUUUGUUGUCAAAAUGUUAAUAAUACUAUCAGACACGUGGAAAUUUUAGGGUGGCCAAAAGUCUUGUUUUUUUAAAAUUGAAUGUGUAUGCGUAUACAUACAUGCAAUGAGACCUUCUAAAAGGAACCACAGCAAUCUGAUUUAAAUCAUAGCACUCCUGCAUGCUUGCUGAGUCACCUUAAAAGCAAGAAAGAGUAAUGAAUUAAAAUGAACAGUUUCCUCUUAUUUGACAUUGAUCUGAUAAAUUGUAUGUAAGGUAUUAAGUAUGGAAGAGCUUACUUUGCAAGGAAACUCGGAAGGAUGAAAUGAACAAUUGUACAGGAAAAUAGCGAUAUGUAUAUUUGCAGUCACCAAACAGCUGCAGACUUAUGUACGAGUAUCAUUGGUGCUGUUAAGGUAUUUAUUAAUAAAAUAAUAAUAAAAAAAGA